AUGCCGAUAGUCCCUGCGAGUUCAGGCCAGGAAGGAUCCGAGGCGCCGGCAGUCACUGUGGUAGCAGAUAAGAAUGGCACGGGGACUACAGCUGCUGUUUUCAAUGAACAAACUAAUUAUGUGCCUAAGCGCACCAUCAUCACAAUCUUCUUAGCCUGCUCUACCACCGACUUGUUGGCGUUGAUGGACCAAACAACCUUGGCGGCCAGUUUGUCUAUUAUUGGAAAUGCCUUGGGCGCAAGUGACCAAACAGCAUGGAUCGCCUCUGGGUACUUUAUAACAUCGACGUGUUUCCAAUUGCUUUAUGGGAAACUGUCAGAUAUAUGGUCUCGUAAGGCCGUUCUUUUUGUCGGUCUUGCAAUCUUUUUCAUUGGUUCGCUGGCAGCGUCGCUCGCCCAAACUGUCACACAGCUGAUCAUCUUCCGUGCCUUCACGGGUGUGGGCGGCGGCGGCCUCCUGACCGUUGCGCAGAUGAUUGUCAGCGACAUUGUACCCCUCCGUGAGCGGGGAAAGUAUCAAGGCAUUUUAGGUGCAGUGGUUGCUAUUGCAAAUGGCAUCGGCCCUGUCAUUGGUGGUGCGCUGGCCUCGAUAUCUCACGACUCGUGGCGCUGGAUCUUCCGUCUGAAUCUCAUACUAACAGUAAUAACGACACUAUCGGUGCUAUUUUUUAUGCCACUACGCAAGGUGGCUGGUGAUUGGAAAACCAAGCUGAGGGCAAUUGACUUCUUUGGUGUUCUCCUAGCCCUCGGCGGCACUUCUGUCUUGAUUCUCGGCCUCACUUGGGGUGGCGGCCAGUAUGUCUGGAACUCAGCGCAUGUUAUUGCAACAAUUGUGAUCGGUAUUGUAAUUUCCGUUGCCUUUGUCAUUUGGCAAUGGAAAGGUGCAUCUAUUCCACUCGUUCCCAUGCACAUAUUCCGAUCCCGCAUCGUCAAUGGCGCAUCCUUGACAAUGUUCAUUAACGGGUGGAAUUUUCUGGUGCAAGUGUACUACAUACCGACUUUCUAUCAGCUGGUAUUUGAGUAUUCCACCGUGAAAUCUGGUGCAAUGCUGCUGCCGAUAACUUUAAUGCAAACCGUGAGCAGCACCGCAUCAGGACUUGUAGUGCACUGGGUCGGCCGCUAUCGAGAAGCCAUCCUACUUGGCUGGAUCAUCUGGGCUAUCGGACUUGGUCUUCUUUCGACCCUAGACCAGUCUUCUGGUCUGGGUAAACAGAUCGGAUAUGGCCUUUUGACAGGUUUUGGCGUGGGAAACACCUUACAACCCGCUCUGAUCGCAAUCCAGGCUGGUGUCGAUCGGCGUGACAUGGCUGUUGUCACUUCAUUUCGAAACUUCGUGCGAAACCUUGGCGGUACUCUAGGCCUCGCCAUUGCCGGAACAAUCAUAAACAACGUCAUUGCAUCUUCUGUCUCGAACCUCGGUCUCAGUGAAGUCGAAUCUCGCUCACUCCUCUCAAGUCCGCAGGCAUAUCUGUCGGGCCUUUCUCCGGAAAACGCGCAGCAUGUGCGUGGCAUUCUCAUUCCGGCGUAUAGAAAAGGAUUCCGUAUUAUAUUUAUUAUCGGGGCGUCACUUGCCUCCCUGGCAUUUUUCCUAGCAUUCUGGCUGAUGCCUCAGCUGGGCCUAAGUCGGCAAGAUGACGAAGCCUUGAAGGAGGAGGGGAAGAAAAGGGUGAAGGGAGAGCCUGAUGAGGAGAUGAGAGAUGGUUGA